AUGGCUAUGCAGCGACUACGUGAAGCCGCUGAAAAGGCGAAAUGUGAAUUGUCGUCCACGACACAAACGGACAUAAAUCUUCCGUACCUCACCAUGGACGCGUCUGGACCGAAACAUAUGACCUUGAAACUCACGAGGGCGAAGUUCGAGCAGCUUGUGGCGGAUCUCAUUAAACGCACGGUGGAACCUUGCCGUAAAGCUAUGCAUGACGCAGAGGUGAAGCCGUCAGAGAUCGCUGAAGUCCUUUUGGUAGGAGGUAUGUCUCGAAUGCCAAAGGUACAGCAAACUGUACAAGAAGUAUUUGGACGCACCCCAUCAAAAGCUGUAAACCCCGAUGAAGCUGUAGCCAUGGGAGCUGCUAUCCAAGGAGCUGUGUUGGCUGGUGACGUCACCGAUGUGCUCUUGCUCGAUGUGACACCUCUUUCACUGGGUAUUGAAACCCUUGGAGGUGUAAUGACGAAACUCAUCUCACGUAACACUACCAUUCCUACAAAGAAGAGCCAG